UGGACAAGAAAGAGCGACACACUCCCAAGCAGCAGAAGUGAAGCAGGUUGGAUUUAACUAAAGAAAAGGAAGAGCCUGCUGAUGAUUUCUUUUUUCUUCUGUGGGGUUUUAAAGUAAAGGCGAGCAGGGCCGCCGGUGCGCUCUGCGAUGUCUGCCACUAUUUGUAAGCGGGAUGGGAAGAGGAGACCGAGCUGUACUCGUAGACGUGUCCUCGCUGCUUUCUGUUAAUUGCUACCUGAAGACAACUAAGCAGCAGUUGAGGAGCGAAGUGAGUGUUUGGUGUACUGCAAAGAAGCUCCUGCCCGCUGGAGCAGCCGGUGGAUGUUGCGCCAUGGAGAUAAAGAGAAGACUUCGAGCCACACUGAUGUUAAUAUGGAUCUUCCAAGGUGAUACCCACAAGGUGGAGAUCCCCAGAAGAGAGAUGGAGGUGGUCAAGGGCCAGAUGGUGGUAUUACAAGCCUGGUACAGCCCCAACUCAGACAUUUCUAAAAACUCCGUCCUCUGGCAGUUCAUGGGAAAUGAAUCCAAGCAGGUGAUAAACUACAGCUCAGGCGAGGUCGGGCACGGCCACAACGAGUUCACCAAAAGAGUGGGCUUCAGUGCAACCAUGCCCUCAGCCAACCUCUCCAUCUAUAUCAACAACACGCAGGAGUCUGACUCCGGACGCUACAUCUGCAGUGUCAUCAUCCUUAAAAGUCCUGGCAUCACCGGAGAGAUACACCUUAAUGUUAAAGUCCCUCCUUCUCCCCCAGUAUGCACCAUGACAGGGAACCCAGUGGUGAAGGGCAAUGUGACUCUGAGCUGUAAGUCCAGUCAUGGAAAACCCAUCCCUCAGUACAAAUGGACCAAAGCCGCACCCUUGUCUGAGGUCUUCUUCUCCCCAAUGCAGAACGAGAGACACGGAACCCUCCGGCUGAGCAACCUCACUAAAAGCAUGUCAGGGAAGUACAUCUGCCGAGCCAGCAACACUGCCGGAUCAGACACCUGCUCCAUUAACCUGGAGGUUAUCACUUCUUCCAAUGCAGGCAUGAUUGCAGCAGCUACACUGGGGUUGAUAGUGGGACUGGUGGCCAUGGUGCUUUUCCUCAUAUUCAUACUGAGGAGGAGAGGGGACACUGAGGAGGAGAUAGCCAACGAGAUCAAGGAGGAUGCUCAGGCACCAAAGCGAGUGUCAUGGGCAAAGAGCAACACCGGUUCAGACAUCGUAUCCAAGAACGGCACACUGUCCUCCAUAGCCACCAGUCCUCGCCCCAGAGAACCCCACCAGCCGAACUUCCGUUACCCAUACUCCCCCAUGUCAGCUUCAGACACGGGCUCGGUGAUCAACGCCUACCAGCUGCGACCUGGAGAAGCCAACACGCUACAGGGACUUCCUGGUUACAACAUCGGAGGCACCCCAUCGCGUAAACACAAACGACCUCCCAGUACAAACGGGGGCCCUCCGCAGCUUCUAAGGAGCCCUGCAGUUACCGUCCCCAACAGGACUGAGGGGGCUCAGCCUCAGGUGCCACCUCCGCUCACUGUGUCCCCACAAAUGAGCUCCUCCACUCUGACACGCAUGGGAGCCAUUGCUGUCAUGGUGCCUGCACAAAGCCAAGCUGGUUCACUGGUGUAGCCAGCAAAAACCUUUGAUGGGAAAAUUAAAAAGGACAGCGGUUAUGGAUGGAGAGAAAGUAUGCCUUGAAACAGAAAAGCACUUUCUCCAUAAAGACCUAAGAGGUUGUGAGAAGAAAAUGUCUCUCAGUUUAUUUGUGCUUGAUUUGCACAAGUUCUCUUCAGUUUGUUCAUUUUAGUUUCUUUUUGUAUGCCGACUUCUGGUUCAAUAAAGAGAAAUAUAUUUUUA